AUGCCCGUAUCCCUCGAAUCUCAGUCGUCCCCGGCUUACGACGACAGCAUCCAUUCUCAGCCUGCAAUCGACUCCGUCGGUCUAGAAAAUCACCAUGCUGGUGUGCCUUUGCCCCAACCCCACCUUCCACAUACCAUGAAGCAAGCGAGUACCCUGAGUGACCCUUGCAUUGACGGCCUUAGCCGAGCGGUCCAGGAUAUCGACAUCACUCUGCGGAAAGACCAAAUUGGUUCUGGUUUAUCGUUGGAUAACCAAGAAAAUGGCAUCUUCAAACGAGAAAACUCCUUUGAUGAUGACCGCACCCAUCUUUCAAAUUCAUCGACGAAGAUGACGAACUUCGACUCAAAGAGCCUAGCCUCUGUUACAACAUUCGCUAUGGAUGAGAAGGAUUCAGUUCGACCCGAUGAUAGUGCCAGUGUACAAGCUAUUGAUGAUGAGGAAUCUUUCUCGGGCCCCGCAUCUGGCGCUCCAAACUCUACUACAGGGUCCGAGGCUGGAGGGCGAGGAUUUCGAGAUCAGUUCCGCGAAGGGAGUGCAUUGCGUCCUCGUGGUAUUCUCCCAGUCCCGGGGCCUCUUUUCAUUGAUGGUGGUCAAAGGGGUGUGGAAGCUAUUCCCUCAGACUCUGUUUCAAACAAUUUCAUUGUCCCCGCCAGUUCUGGAAGUAAUUCAGAUGGCUCCAGCCUGCAUGGUCUUCCAAAAGAACCCGAUGAAAAGCUUGUGGAAGCCAUGAAGUCCCCGAAGGACCGACUAUUAAUUCUUCAGCUCGAGGAGAAGAUCCGCAGUUUCAUCAAAGACUCCGAGGAACAAUCUUUGGAACUGCCCCCCUCAAAUGCAUUUGGUCGCCUUCUUGCACAUAAACUUGGAGAUUAUUACCAUUUGACACACUUUGUGGAUAACAAUGUGACGUCUGUUCGACUUCAUCGAACUCCCUACUGCAGACUACCCACACCUUUAUCUGAGAUAUACGCCUCCAGUAAUACCACCCCACCCCCAGUCGUCCCUGCCAUGAAGAUCAUGCGCCGAGCGGACCUGGAGCGCGCCUCGGGCUACCUCCGAAACGGGGACAGUGGCUUUGACGGCGAUCGUGCAGGUUCUUCUUCCGGUGCUACUCCAGCUAAGGACCGACUGGCACUUACUAGAGAGGAACGCGAAGCCAAAUACCACGAAGUGCGCGAAAGAAUCUUCCGCGAUUUUCCAGAAAGUGCCAAGUCAGACACUGGCGACUCAAACCCCAAUAUGUCGAGAUCGAGUUCUACGACAGGACGCAAAAAGAGCCAUAGACAGCGAAAUCCGAAUGAUGACGGCUUUGAAGCCCGUUCCCAGUUCAAUGCCUACUACCCAGGAGCCCAGUACACGAAUGGCUCGAUGUCAUACAAUGGUAACAUGGGUGAUGGGUAUUCCGCCAACCCGGUUCCCUACCUGGUUGGGCCAGGUGUACAACCACCCCCCAGUGGCUAUGUGGCUGCAGGUCAGAACAACGCGAUGCACCCAGGGCAAAUGGGUAUCAACAACAUGUCCCAGUCCCAGUACCCGAUGGCUGUGUCUCCGCAACUGGGCUCUAAUGGCCCGUGGCAAGGAGGUAACAUGCCGCAGCAGCAGCCCUAUUCUUCUGGAUACGCGUCGAUGAGCCCAUCCAACAUGAUGGGCCAACAGUCCUCAAACAAGCCUUCGCCGACAAUGAACACUUACGCCAUGCCCCAAUCUCAACAGUACCAACAAUCUCCCAAUUGGAACUCCACUCCCUACCCUGGCAGUGUUCAACAAUCCCCGCUCCAGCGGAACCAACCACCUGUGCAUUGGCCCAACUACCCCCAGCAACAACAAUCCAUGACGCCCAACAUGGCUGCCAAUCCUUACGCCCAGUUCCCUGGCCAGCAUCUCAAUAAUGCCAUGCAAAACCAAGCCGGUAGACCUGGGAUGCCAGGAGCAUAUGAGCGAUCCCAAUCCCAUUUCAACCCCCAAACCCGAGCAUUCAUUCCGGGCGGGGCACCACUACCCCGACAUGCAAAUGCAAGCAGGGGAGCACAGCAGCCAAUGCCAUAUGGCAAUAUGCAAGGAAAUCUGCCCGCUCAGCCGCAAUGGAAUGGAUACUCAGAUAUGAUGCAAGCCCGAGGUCAAGGUCAAGGUCAAGGCCAAGGCCAAGAUCACUCAUCCGUCAACACAAUUCGCACCGCAAGCGUAAGCUCCCGGGAUUCCAUCGCGAAAUGGGGCACCCCCUCACAUCUCCCUCCCAAACCACCCCCAUCCGAAGUCCCCUCCGAAUUUGACCUCGGCGGUCGAACAGGCCCAGGCCCAGGUCCAUCUUCGUACCAGAGCAAUGGAAUUCCUGUACCUGGCGGUAUAAAUGGGCCUCUGGUUGUUUCUAGUGGAGCCGGCGCCCCAAAAAUGAAUUAA